AUGAUAAAAUAUCUGAAGAAAGAGACUGAGAAUAUAAAAGUAUUUUAUUCAAUGUUUGCUUUACCAAACGUGUCGAUACUACUAGUUGAUACAAAACAAAUGUAUAAUUCGAAAGCUUGGAACGAAGGAAUCAAGAAAUUUGAAAAAUUCGAAGUUGUCAAGUCCAUCUUGAAUAACCUUGAGAAUGUAAUGGAUGACAUUUUUGAGGCAGUAUAUAAUCUUACCGUUACUUUUGAAAAUAAUAAAAUCACUCUCGAAACGAGAAAUAAUCGUUUUUUGGAGCAACACAAAGAGUUGGAGAUUCUUAUUCGCGAGAAUCAAAGAUUAUUACGAUUGUUAGACUUAAAAUUGUUACUGAAUUACAAUAAUGUUGAUAAAAUAUGCUCAAUUGUCGAAAAGCAUGGAUUGUCCGGAAGGCGUAUAAUUAUCGAUGAUAGAUUCUACUUCUAUAUAUGGUACCCAGAAAACCAAUAUGCACCUCCAAACAUUACCUGCAAACUUCUUUCGAACGAAUUGAAGGAACACGGUUUCGAUGUCACGGAAACGAAUUUAGCUUCUUCCGGAGUGAAAGUUAGAAAACUGAUGUCUUAA